AUGCUGAAGUUUGUUGUGUUGUGUGCCCUCGCGGCCUCCGUAUACGCCAGUGAGUCAAAGCAGUGUUUCACGCUGUUGCCUCGGAAAUUCACCAGCAAGAGGCUGUUUCAUUGCGGUGUGCAGGUCAUCCCGCCCUCCUUGUCCAAGAUUGUGGGUGGUGACGAGGCUGUGCCCGGCUCAUGGCCCUGGCAGGUCAUGCUUCGUAAGCGGUACUUGGGAGGUGAUUAUCAAUUCUGUGGUGGUACCUUGAUCAACGACCAGUGGGUAGUCACCGCAGCUCACUGUUUUUACAACUAUGGCAACAUCAAUCUGUACACUGCCGUCGCUGGAGCACACGACCGUGACGCUAUUGACGACUCACAAACCUCAGUGAGCAUCGCGCAGGUCUUCCUGCAUGAGAGCUAUGACACUCGAACCCUGGACAACGACAUCGCACUACUGAAGCUGGCCAGCCCCGUCACCCUCAGUGAUUCUAUUAUUCCAGCCUGUUUGCCCCAGAGGGAAUUCGCCCCCGGUACCGAGUGUGUCGUAACGGGAUGGGGGAAUCAAGAAACCAUUGUUGAUGACUCCACCCUCCAACAGGUCGUGGUGCCGAUCAUUUCCACUACGCAGUGUAACAGGGCUGCGUGGUAUGGUGGUGAGAUCACGGACAACAUGAUCUGCGCAGGUUACGCAGAAGGCGGCAAAGAUUCUUGCCAGGGUGAUAGUGGCGGUCCCUUCGUGUGUGCCGGCUCGAGUGGAGCCUACGAGUUGGUGGGCGUGGUCAGCUGGGGCUACGGCUGCGCUGAUGCACGCAAUCCUGGAGUCUACGCUAAGGUCCUGAACUACGUGGACUGGAUCAAUAACAUCGUCAGCAAUAAUUAAAUUCGGGAUGGGGAAAAGAGACCGAUAUUAUGCUUUGUGUUAUUCCAGAAUUGCAGGGUGUAGCUGAAAGUUAUUAGGAAAACAAUGGUCAUUUAAUCAUUACAGACGAAGCAUUAAUGUACCGUAUACAAACCUUGCAAUGUUUUAACCGGGGUAAACCUAUAUUAUUGCAAUAGGCCCGACUACCAACGCUUCAAUUCAUCGUACACUGAGGACAAUAGGGAAUGCAGGUAAUAAAUAAAAUAAACUACCGAGA